AAACCAAUCCCUUGGUUCCGGCCCCCAUUCGCAGUAUGGAGUCGUCCCGGGGGCGGCUGGGGUCCGGGACCGACCUCCUAGCUGUUGGGGAACAGCAAGCGGCGGUUUUCAGCGGCGGGCCGGGUCGAAUGCCUUCCAAGCCGCCUUCAGUUCUGAGGGUGUCCGGGGAGGAAGAGGCCGAGAAGGCUGGGGUCGUGAGCCGCCACCCCCGAGCGACCUCAGAGAUACCGAGUGGCGGCUCCGUCCACCGGAGGCCCGAGGCUUGGGAGGACGAGCCUGGGCCCCGGGCCGUGCUGACGGGAAUCGGGACCCGCCGAGGGGCGCCGGGUCCCGAGCAGGGCCCGCCCCCGUCCUCCCAGCACCCGGAUCCCGAGCCGCCUGGGGACAAGCCUGCCUCGGAGAGGGUCUGCCGUCGGGGGAGCUCGGGAGGCGUAGAGAUGAUCGGGAACGAGGAGGACGUGGAGGCGCUGGACCAGGGAGAGGAAGAGGAGGCGGCGGCGGCGGCGGCGGCCGGUCGCGCGGGCCGCUCCUUCUCCAGCCGCCUGCAGGACAGCCGCAGCCUGGACGGGCUGAGUGGGGCGUGCGGCGGCGCGGCGUCCGCCGGGGGCGCCGAGCCCGGCGCGGGGGGCGGGCGCCGCGCCACCAUCUCCAGCCCCCUCGAGCUCGAGGGCACCGUGAGCCGGCACGGCGACCUCACCCACUUUGUGGCGAAUAACCUGCAACUCAAAAUCCGUCUGAGUGGCGCCCCUCCCGCCCUGCCCUCGGCCCCGGCGCGGCCCGGCCUGACCCCCGCACCCGCCUCCACCAUCCCGCCCAUCGACCCCGACGUGCUGCGGGAUCUGGAACGCCUGAGUCGCGAACUGGGCGGUCGGGUGGAUCGUCUGCUGCGCGGGCUGGGGGGCGCGGUGCAGGAGCUGACGGCGCUGAGCGUGGGCUGCAUCCAGACCUACCGCGACGCCGUGGACUCCUUGGGGGAGGCCGUGGACAUGAGCAUCAAGGGCAUGUACACGCUGCUGGCGCGCUGCGAGGAGUUGGAGCGGGCGUUGCAGCCCGUGCAGGGCCUGGCGCGCCAAGUCCGGGACAUCCGACGCACGCUGGAAGUGUUGGAGGCCCUGUGCAAGUGAUCCGGCCCGCGAAAGAGGCCGUUCCUGCCCAGGGCGGGGCCCAGCGGGACCCUGAGGACUUCCGAGGAGCCUGGAUGGGAAUUGCCG